CUCUGUUAGUUAUCUGUAGCAGUGCUGCAGGGUCCUACCAGCUGGCCAGGCGAGCGAACAGCAGCGUACCAGAGGCCCUAUCUAGCCGUCCUAGCCAGCUAGUAGCCAGCUAGAAGCCCCAGGCUAGGCACAGACGGCUAACCAGAAUAGUCAGGUCGAACGACCGAGGCAAUCUCCAACCCCGUCUCCGACCCCGUCGAGGCCAUCGUCUCACUCGGGAAUUCCACGCUCAACUUCUUCUUCAGGACAAAGCUCGAUCCCCAUUCUCUGGGUUUGCCACCGUCUCUGACCGUCCUAGCUGCGUGCAAUGCCUGGACGUGCAUCUUCGAGGCUCGCGCUGGGUCGGUCUAGUGCCAAUGGAGAAUUUUCCCGUAUUGGUCUCGCAUGGUGAUAAGCACCCGCGCCGUUGGCCGGCCGCGAUGGGCUGCGCUGUAUUUAUAAAUACGUAAUUUCCCUUCUCACCGACCUUGUUUCUCUUCCUGCGACUUGCGAUCGAGGCGAGGUUCUGCUAUCUGAUCCACUCCGCAACGAGGUACACUUGGUCGAUUCAUGAUGCGCGCCUUUAAGAUCGCAGCUCUUGCCGGCAUCUUCGCCGCGCCGUCUCUCGCCUGGAACACCGAUGUGCACCAACAAAUCGCUUUCGCCGCCGAGGAGUUCCUAACUCCUCUCACCCGCAUCAUCCUCAGGCAACUGCUAGAGCCUGAGUAUAAAGGCAGUCUUGGUCAGGUAGCGGCCUGGCCAGAUCGGUAUCGCAAAACCCCAGAGGGUGCCUACACUGAGACGUGGCACUACAUCGAUCCCGCGGACGACCCACCGGCCUACUGCAAUGUUUAUCCCAACCGUGAUAACACGUUGAAGGGCAGUAUCGUCAGUGCCUAUACGAAUCAGACCCAGAUUUUGAAAGACUGCAUUCGAAAGGCUAAGUUCGGCAAGAUCCGCCACGGUGAGGACGCGACUUGCGCCGCAGCAGUCAAGUUCAUCGCGCACUUCACCGGCGACAUGGCACAGCCGUUGCAUGUUAGCGGCAUUGCUGCCGGUGGAAACUUCUUUCCCGUUAACUUCAAUGGAGCUACAACGAAUUUGCACGCGGUCUGGGAUGGCGCCAUCAUCUACCAGCUCGCUGGCGUUAAGUCUUUUAACAACGAUACUAUUCAGCCUUUCUUCAAGAAAGUUGUGUCGCGUAUCCGACAAGACAACUUCUUCGUCCCAACUGCCGAUUGGGUGUCUUGCAGCGACCCCGGAAGGCCAGAGGGAUGCGCCUUGACGUGGGCCCGCGACACUAAUGAGUGGACCUGCGACUACGUCUACUCUCAAUACUUCAACGCUACCGAUAUCGCCACAAGCGGUUAUGCUGAGGGUGCUUAUCCCAUUGUUGAGAUCCAGGUCGCUAAGGCUGCGCUGCGAAUGGCCACUUGGUUCAACAGGCUCGUUGAUGGUCUAUACAAGGAGCGUGAAGUCAUUACUCGGCUCAACCCUAGCUGGAUUGGUGGUCCCGCUGCCGGCGCAUAAGUGUUGGAUGGAAGCCGUGGCAGAAAAGAGCUUGAAAACGCUUGAAUGUGUAAUACCUAGAUAAUGAUAUCAUAUGGCUUACGAGUCGACGAACAUGCAAUUUAAUGAAUGCACUGCACCACUUUGAAGCAGGCCGU